CAGCGCGUGCGUAGACCCGCCGCGACACCAAAAUAAGAUGGCCGGUCAGCGAAACAAAUAGAGCGCCGUUGUAAAUAACAAACCGUCCGAGCACGUUCCUUUUCGGAAUCGUCGACGCGAUUAGGGGCUGCCGGGCAGCCAGGGAUUGCCUCGGUGCCGUUGGUUCUUGCGACCGGUCACUCGGACCCGGUGUUCGAAGCCGUGUUGACCCGUCGCGGUGUGUGUCUCUCUUACGGGCCCACGAUUCGCCUUACCAGUGUUGAAUGCGUGACGCUGGUGCACGGGCUUCAAGGUACGCAGCUCCAAGGAGCCUGCCGGGCCGAGGACCAACCGAAGUCAGGAUGCAACAGCGAGAGCGGGACAGUCUCGCGCCACGUCCUCGCCCACGGCUCGCCUAGCUCCUCAUGCUAGUCUCGUCUUCCGAAUUGCUUGGAGCACAGCAUGAAGGAGAUGCUUGGAGGGUGCUGCGUGUGUUCUGACGAGAGGGGUUGGACUGAGAAUCCGCUGGUCUACUGUGAUGGCCAGGGCUGCACUGUUGCUGUACACCAAGCCUGUUAUGGUAUCGUUACGGUACCUACUGGGCCAUGGUACUGCAGGAAGUGUGAAUCACAAGAGAGAAGUGCGCGCGUGCGCUGCGAGUUGUGUCCGAGCCGCGAUGGGGCUCUCAAGAGAACGGAUCAGGCUGGUUGGGCACACGUGGUGUGCGCGUUGUACAUACCGGAAGUACGGUUCGGUAACGUGACCACUAUGGAGCCGAUUAUUCUGCAAUUGAUUCCAUCCGAAAGGUUCAGCAAGUCAUGUUACAUCUGCGAAGAGCAAGGAAAAGGUAGCAGAGCGAAUGUGGGAGCUUGUAUGCAGUGCAACAAGACCGGCUGCAGGCAGCAGUUUCAUGUCACAUGUGCUCAGGCUCUUGGCUUGCUCUGCGAGGAGGCUGGCAACUACCUCGACAACGUUAAGUACUGCGGCUACUGUCAGCACCACUAUUCUAAGCUGAAAAAGGGUGGUAACGUAAAGACGAUACCACCUUACAAGCCAAUACCAGCAGAUAAUGGCUCGUCAGACUCAUCUCCUGAAAAGGAAGCCGAGACCCCGAUAAAGUCUUCGUCAAGUGGUAAACGAAAGAGUUCAAGUUCCAAAUCCACUACCAAUUCUAAAAACAAAUCCAAUACUAGUCCAAGCCUAGAAAUAAAUGGCGUUGCUGAUGACAAAACCAGCAGCGGCCGUAACACACCCAAAGAGACCACCACAAAUUCCAGUAAAUUCACCACUUCAAACUUCGUAGAGACAAUCGUCACCCAAUCGGAGAGCGUGUUCGGACAUGACGGCACUGCCUCCACGACCGCCGCCCAGGCGAUCAAGCCGGGAUCGAACCCGAGCACCGGCCACAAAAACAGUGGACCGACCAAAUCGAACUCGUCGACGUCCAACAAGGCGUCCAGCCACAGUAAAAAGAGAAAGACCGGGGCGCGCACGCCGACCGUGAUAGGGAACGAGAACUCGAACCAAUCGGUCAGCUCCGAGGCCAGCGGUUCUGUCGUGGUCGCUGUCAGCUCGAUCGUGCAGCAGACUGUCUCCAGCAACAGCGUGCAGACUACCAUAACCGAAGCCACCAGCCUGAGCACGACCACUGAGCCGGAAAAGUCCAAGAAGUUAAAGGUGGAGAGUCCUAUCCAGUUGACGUCUAGCACUCCAGUCAGCACGGAAGCUACCACCACGCCUGUGAUUAUGGCAGUGACACAGUCCCAAUCCUCCAUCGUUACUCAUUCUCCGACGACUACUUCCAACAGCAUCGUCGUCUCCGUACCACUGACUGCUACCUCGUUGCCCAACACUGUGCAAAGUGUGGUGACCAGUGCUCCUACUUUAUACCAGCAGUUGCAACAAAGUAUUAUCACAACUGCGGCCGCCAUGGAGCCCAGGACAAGUGCUAUGCCGAACUCGGACCGAUUCAGUACGGAGGAGGCUCCUGUUAAGAGAUCUCGCUCUCAGUCAUCGGAUAAGCAGGAGAAAUCUCGCAAACCAAAGAGGGGUUCCUCAAAUAGCCAGCCAGCUCUGCAGCAGUCUCAACAACUGCCCCAGGUCCAGCAGCCGCAAGCUCAGUCUGCAGCCUCCUCUGUGGUAACAUCGGUGUCCAGCAGUGCAGUGGUAACAACAUCUAAAAGAGGAGGCAGGAACAAUCAUCAGACUCCUCCUCCCGCCGUAACUGUGGCACCUGUGCCAUCCAUCAUACAGGGGCCCUCAUUGACCGGUGGCCAUUUUAGCAGUGUUAGUGCUGGGACUGCAAAUGUGAUGGGUCCCACCGUGAAGGAGUCACCUCCCAGCAGUCCUGGGUCUGAGAGCAUGAGCAGCAACGGACCUGGAAGGCGGAAAAGGAAGAGUGCCAGUGCUGCCUCUACUACACCGAUACCCUCUGCCUCCAGCACUCCGACCUUGACAAAUCCUAAAGAGGAAAAGGAUGUGAAGCUGUUUCAAAACGGUGUCAGUGCGCCGCAUAUGCUGGGCAACCAGCUCAAUCCGACAUCCACGAUGGCGCAGAAGAUGUCCGAUACCCUCUCUCAAGAACUGGAGGCUCAUUCUAUUUUUACAGAGGCGAGCAACUCGACGACGAAUCUGGUUGGGCCGCAGCUGCACAGCCGGGUCAUCGCAUCUCAGAUACGAUCGAGUCAAGCAGGUGCACCGCCCACGUCGUUCUCUUCAGUCUUCAACACCAACACGAACGCCAACACCAACAUGGCUAGCACCGCUGGCAGUGCUUCACUAGGCGGUGGAGCAAUACCUCAAACCCUGGACCAGCUUCUGGAGAGGCAGUGGGAGCAGGGCAGCCAGUUCCUAAUGGAGCAGGCCCAGCACUUUGAUAUCGCUUCCUUACUGUCGUGUCUUCAUCAGUUGCGAGCGGAGAACCUUAGGCUAGAGGAACAUGUAAAUAGUCUUUUACAAAGAAGAGAUCAUCUAUUGGCUGUGAACGCGAGACUUGCUAUUCCACUGACUACUCAGCCUAGCACCCACCCAGCAAACAAUAUCCACCCAACGGUGAACCCAUCGCACCCGAACAUCCCCCACCCUGACGUCCCACCAGGUGCCGCGGCUCCAGUUCCAAGAGUAAAUAGAGAACCGCGGGUGAACAACACGUACAUGCCUCAUUCCAGUUCUAGUAAUCAUUCGACAACUCUGGAGAACGGCUUGCCACCCGAUCCAUCCCCACCUGCGGCGGCUUCGCUGUCCCAGUAUCAGCACAGAACGUCAUUGGUCGCCCCUCAACCCAGCCCAACGAUCAGGCACAGUCCAGCCGGCAGCGCGUAUCACCAAGGUCAGCCCAGCAACAUAGUGUCACCCGUACCUGCCAGUAACCCUGGAGUCGUCAGGAACUCGUCAGUCACACCUGAUCCGCUGCGUGGAGUACCAAGGUCAGUGGCACAGUCAUCGAGCAAUUAUAUGUCGUCGAUGUACCAACCCAUCACUAUGUCGAAUCUUACAAGUAACCAAGUAGGUAAUGUUCAUAACCUUCAUUCACAUGGACCUUCUCCGCCCAGUCUCGGACCGCCGGGUAAGCCCAGCUGAAGAUAGAUGGACACAUCGGGGAAUGAGGAUCGUGCUGUGUUCGUUGAGAGACGCGGUCAGUGAUCGCUGGCUGAGAGAGAGCGCGACUGAUCGCCUGGUCUUCGAAGGCAUAAGUGAUAUACACCACUGUUAAACGAGAACCAUCCGUUGCAUUUACAAUUUGACAAGGGGGACUUUUUCUAACGUGUCGUUUUUAACACACAAUUUCAUAGCAACGUUUUUCUACUAGGAUGAUUGGCAAAGGUGGCUAGAUGUAGUUUCCAACGAAGAUGGCAGUCAGUUUGUUGUUCUGUAUUUUUUUUCUUUUUCUGUUUUAGUACGUCAUGUUUCGUUUCUCGUUCGUUAUAUAUAUAAUAAACACACAGACAGAUACACAUUCACACACACACACAAACACACCUUGGUUCGCGCGUCGUUGAAACACGUUUGAGACAAUCUCUUCCUCAUUUACGAGAAUGAGCAGAGUAACGGCAAACGCAGAUGUACAAAUCUUAGUCUGUAAGAUAAUCUUACCGCGACGAGAAUAGCAAUAAUAUUUACAAGUAGGUGUACAUUUUAAUUGAAAGGUAAUCUCUUUGUAAGUCCGGUGGUACGAUGUCUCUCACCCAUCGUGUUUUAUAUAGAGGCGUUUGUUGCUGUCGAUCCAACAACUUUGACUUGUUUUUAGUUCGAGUGCUUCAUCGGGCACUUCGGAGGACUUCCGGUACAGUUGAGAACCGGGAGACAAAUUUUUUAGACAGGAUUCAGCAACGAUAUUGGACGCCAUGGAUUUAUUUAUUUUUAACUAGUCCUGUUCCGCUUGUACAAGUCCUUCUGAGUACCCGCGACACUUCGUAGAAUGGUAGACUGUUUGAUUUCGUUUCGUUACAGUCUUCUAUCACACUAUCCGACUUGUUCCAGUGAGUCCUAGGUUGCGAGAGGAUCGUUCGAAAUAUUGUAUUGAAAAAUUCAAUAUGAAAUAUUACAAGCAAUCCUAUGGCAUGUUAAAAAAUUUAAAAAUAUGUGACUGAUUACAUUUGGUAAAACUUUGAAUAUUCAAUUUAAUUGGAACUCGUGGGGUAACGUGACGAAGCUUCGACCUGUCCCACAGUCGUCAACUGUAUAUUCUAAUCUUAUACAUAAAACAUAGUAGAUGUACAACACGAGCACUGCCUUCCACCAAUCGAGUGUCGCUGUGGGCUAGGACGACGCGAUUGUUUUCUGACUUCGACUUCCACAUGGUUGAAAGGAGCUUAACUUCUCUGAUACUGGUUUCGUGAUGUGUACCAUAGGUUUCAUUUCCGGUUCGCGUCCGUGUCGAUAGCGACUGCACACUUUACUCUACGACUGCGACCUUCGUCGAUCGCUGCAACGAUAAUUGUAUGCUAGACAUUAAUCAAAACUCGUUAGAGGUGUGCUGGGACCUGUCCGUGGUCCCCACCGAUAGUACUUUCGCUCAAGGGACUAGAAUUCUUUGUACUACGAACACUUGGCGUAGUCCUAUUGACGUUUGCGUGAUUCUUGUUCCUCGAAAUUAAAUAGCACACGAUUUCGAGGCUAAUAUAAUAAGACUCUGAUUAGAUUAAAUUUAUUAUAUAAACUAUAAUAAGAACUUGUGUCUUGAUACUAAAGUUGUGUUAUUUUGUACAUUAAAAAUUGACGAAUAGUUCCAUUGUUUUGAAGAACAAGAAUCACGCAGUGUUCACAAUCAAGGAAAAUCGUGGUUUGUCUCUUUUCUAAUGAUACAAUUGGAUUAGACCGGAGUGGAGCAUCAUAAAGGGGAACGAGAAAUGAUCAAAAAUCUGUCUUUCCGACUCGAGAGUUGAAUUCCAAAUCGUUUUGUUCAUUAAAUGUCACUGCCUUGAUAGACUUAGACUAUUUAACUAAUUUGAUUUCGUUGCGGAAAACGAAGCUGCGCGUAGAGACGGUGACGUUCUGUUUACCGUCGUUGUGUUCCUUAUCUUAAUUUGUAGUUCAUGGAAAGACGAUUCGAGAUUGCACACGCUGGUUGGUCUGGGAGUUUGGAGAAAUCGAUUCUCUAUUUGGCGUGAAUUCGAGGAGACUUUUAGGAUAACGAGGACGAUAGUGGUAGAUCUGGAGGAUGUCGAACCUUCGGUAUAGCUCGUCACCACUCAGGGAAAAUCGAUUUACUAUUACACGGAAUUCGGUCGAGUUCUCUUCGUGCGCGGCUUGCUGCUAUUUUGUAAUAUAAAAAUUCAAAGAUGACCGUCGGUAGCUGUGCUCGGGGUCUCAGUAAUAAUCAGAAUGGUUCGAACCGAUCGAAAUAAAUUUAUCUCGAACAUUGUAUAUAUUAAUUAUCGAACUAAUUCCUUAGUCAAAAAAUGUUAAUUUGAUUGGUCGGUCACAGAAAUCCACGAACGUCUGUUAAUAUUUGGGAAAGUACAUUUUAUUAUUCGUAGAAAAGUAUAAAUAAAAAUAUGUUAACAUUUUUGUAGCAUCUCUGAUUUCAGUUAAAAAGGUCGUAAUCAUUUUAUAUCUAUAUUGAAUGGAUCAUGGACAGUUUUGCUUUUCUAUACAAAACAGAUGUUUCUGUAUUUUUGGAGAAUCGUUGAAUGCAUAUUUCGCAUAUAUUCCAAACGUAAUUGGUUUUACUUUGAUAUUUUACUACGAAAAAAUAAUUUAUACGUUAAACUGUGACUCGUUGAGGACACCUAAUCGACGACCUUGAAUGUUCGGAGGGACUUCGAUGGAAAAAGAAGAAAAUUGCUAGAAAAAAAAUGAAUUAUAAAAUAAUAAUAUUAGUGUACGUCGAGGACGAGAGCGCGUUUAUACCGAUGGAAGAGUAUUUUAUGCAUUUUCAUUGUAGUGUCGCUGUACAUUAAGAGCGAAUCUAUGCGGUGCGUGCGAGUUAUGCGACACUGAGAGAAAAGAAUAGUCCGAGGACAAAAAUCGUAGGAAUUAUAGUAACAAAAAGAAAUGGUAGAAAGAAAGCAAUGCGAAUAAUAUUUUUCCACAGCAGACCGUGCCAAAUUUUUGUGAUCGAAUCAUUGAGGAUCUCUUGAUCAUUUGAUCAAGAUUUUGGGCCAGGCCUUUUCAUCCGAGAAAUGUACAUGAAUUUUGAAAAAAAAAUGAAAAAGAACAUUCGAACCUAUCUGUAUUUCGUUAAUCACGCUGCAGUGGCAAUUAUAUAUUUCCUACGUUCGCUUUCCGAUUGCUGUACAAAUAAAUUAUUGUGUUCAGUCAUUGAUCAUUGAA